AUGUCUGUUGAUCCGAAUACAAAGGAGGAAUACUCAGGUGUGGAUCCACUUGUCUCAGAGACACUCGAUUCCGCACUGGAGCAAUUACAUUUGGAUGAUUUAGGAGAAGAUACUGCAUCAACUAUUCCACAGGAGUUAAAAGUCCCAAAUGUCGAUGAUGCCUAUUCGUAUAACACUGGUAUUGUUCCAUCUCAUAUGUUCCCACAUCCUCAAAUGAUUGGAAUGGGGUUCAUCCCAUUCCAGCAGAUGAUUCAUGUCCCUCAGCAAAAUGGAUUUUUCCCACCUCCUGAAUUCGGUAAUACAGGUCCUCCUAUGGGCACCAAUGCUCCGGAUGCAAUCAUAUUCAAUAAUUCUACUGACGGUUCUGUAUUCAGUUCUGGAAACCCUGUCACACAACCUGAAACGACUAAUUUCAGGGCAGCUUUAAUAAACGAUAAAACGGCACCAGCGCCAACCGGCUCUAAUGACCCGUUGUGGUAUGCCUCUAAUCCACGAGUACAAACAAUGGUCGAUCCUGUAGCUGCUUCCUCUGCGAUUGAAGAUUCAGCUUUUCUGGAUGACAGGUUCCCUCCAAGAGCUCCUGGCGGUGCGAUUAGAAGGCAAACGUUCCAUGCCAUUUCAACAAAUGAUCUGAUUAAUACAGCUGCGGCCUCAGCAGUCGCUGAACCAGACUCAACAACUCUAAGGAUACCUGAAUCUACCAGAGCAUCCCCCUCAAUUCGAUCAGAGAAGUUUCCUUCUUCAAUACCAACAAACUCAACAGCACAAACUGCAGCAGUCAGGACACAAUCCACGUCUUUAGAAGGAUCCGACGGUCAGCAGUUAUUUGGCAAAAAAGAGGAUAGUAUUGACGGUUCUAGGUCAACAGAGAUUGGAAAAGGAAAGGAACCCACUUAUGCUGCAGCCUAUCCAUAUGGCGGUCCCUUAUUGCACCCUAAUCCUGUUCUAGCAGGGCAUAGUCCACCAGUCUCUCAACCUGCGUAUGGGAUUCCGUCACCGUUUCAUGGAGCUUAUGGUUUUGCUUCGCAUUUCCAGUUUUCACCUGUGAUUGGGAAUCCAAAUUCUCAGGUACCUGUGUCUAAUUCUCCCAACGCCCAUAGUUUAACUCAGAUCCCGGUUUUGGCAGAUGCUGCCAUGACCCCGACAGUGAACUCUCAUCCAAACGCUAAAAAUGUAUCCUCGCCGCCAGAAGAUCAAUCAAACAUUUAUUCACCGCAUCAAGCUAUCCAUCAACAGGGUGGAAAACCACCACCAUGGUUGUAUGGAAGCCAUCCAUUCGGUAUGGCACAUCCCCAUUCGAUUCCUCAAGGUCAUCCACAUAUGAUGCAUCCUAGCAGCGUACAUGCUCUCAAUAAUCAUACUAACCAGAUGAAUGGUCGUGGAGGCUCACAUAAUGGAGGAAACAGAGGUGGAAGAACUGGUUAUAGUGGAAACUCAAAGAAUAAGCAUAACAAAAACUCUCACUUCUACCAUAAUGGCAGUUUUUCCGGCGAGAAACACAGGAAAAAUGAGGACGCUUCACGCUACGCAGAUGCAAAUUUACAGGAUUUCGUUGGUAGUAUCUACUCAUUGUGCAAAGACCAACACGGUUGCCGCUUCUUGCAGAAACAACUCGAUCUACUUGGCUCGGAGGCCGCUGAUCUAAUUUUCACUGAGACAAGAGAUUAUACUGUUGAAUUGAUGACCGAUUCUUUUGGAAAUUAUCUUGUUCAAAAGUUAUUAGAAAGAGUGAAUCUUGAACAAAGGAUAACACUGACCAGAAUUGCCGCUCCACAUUUCCUAUAUAUCGCUACUAAUCCACAUGGAACAAGAGCUCUGCAAAAACUGGUUGAAAGUAUUGAGACCUCAGAAGAAGCCAAAAUAAUUAUAGACUCGCUAAAGGACUCGAUUGUUCAAUUAAGUAAAGAUCUGAAUGGAAAUCACAUUGUUCAAAAAUGCUUACAAAAGCUAAAACCGGAAAACUUGCAGUUCAUAUUUGAUGCCGUAUGCAACAAUUGCAUCAAUGUCGCUACACAUAGGCACGGCUGCUGCGUUUUGCAACGCUGUUUAGAUCACGGUUCAUAUGAACAACGACAAGCUUUAUGCAUGGAGCUCCUGGCUCAUGUCAACGUGCUCACUUUGGAUCCCUUCGGAAACUAUGUUGUCCAAUACAUCAUUACGAAGGAGUCUGAAGAUAAGACUUACAAAUUUACUGAUCGAAUAGUUGAUAUAUUAACCCCAAAAUUAUGCCAACUGUCUUUACAUAAAUUUGGUUCAAAUGUUAUUGAAAAGAUAUUACGGACACCAGAGGUUUCCGAUUCUGUCAUUUCAAGUUUCUUAAAGAAUAAUGGUGAAACUGAAGUACAGGCCUUGUUGAAUGACUGCUAUGGUAAUUACGUUCUACAAACCAUGCUUGAUAUGUCUAGAGAUAAUAGUAGGGUGAAUUAUGAAAGAUUGCUUGAAGUUGUACGACCACUAAUUGUGGGGCCAGUAAGAAAUACGCCUCACGGUAGAAGAAUAGUCAGCAUACUGCAAUUAGAUCAAUCUGCUACUAAUGUGUAA